ACUCCCAGAAUGCCUGUCUCCGAGCUCAAUCUGAAGGUGAACAUCUCCGUAGGCAAUGAGUACUUGCAGGACAAUGGCCAGACGCAACUCAUGUUCGUCUUCUGGGGCAUCAUCAUACCCAUCAUCGGUGUUAUUGGCUUCAUCGGAAACCUUCUGACCAUUAUUGUGCUCUUUAGGAUCGAAAUGAAGUCUACUACAAUGUACUUCUUACGAGUUCUUGUUGUCACAGACACCGGUAUUAUAAUCGGAUGUAUCCUUGGAUUGUCCAUAAUUUCCAUAACGCAAUUAUAUCCACAAAACCCCGAAAUGCACUACUUUACUCACGUUAUUUACCCGUAUAUGUACACGCCCGUAAAUUACAUUGUUAUGACGCUGCAAUUCAUCAACGUCUGGGUGACUGUGGCAGUUUCUAUUGAACGUUAUAUUGCAAUUUGUCAUCCGUUCAAAGCCGUUCAUGUCUGCAACAAGAGAAAUGCUUUCAUUCUGAUCGGUCUUGUUGCCCAGUUCUGGUUUCUUGGUCAAAACGUGUUGACAAAGUGGAUUUGUGUUAGCAACACAUUGUUUGAAUUGAACUCGUCUGUUAACUUCCUCAUCUACACAGCAGUUGGUCGAAAGUUCCGAAAGUUACCGCCGUCCAUGGUGAUGUUUGCACUAUGGUUGGUCGUGCUGUUCACCAUGAUGUUCCACUUCCUAUCGCUGGCCUCCAUCCUCUCUGAAUCCAGCCUGCUACUCGGGCAGCAGUUCCUUGUCAUAACAUUUCAGUCGAUCGAGGAAAAUGUGAAGCAUGACUUUGUUGGGAUGAUUUAUGAGGCUGAUGGUGUGAGAGAGACAUCGCAUACAACACAACACAACAAGCAGCAGGAGCAGUACCAAUUGGACCAGGGCUGA